AUCUCUUUAUGGAGAUGAAUGAAGUGCCUACAACCCAUUCUAUCCUAAAUGCGAACUCCCAGCAGAAGGGCAAAGCAAAGAACAAUAUUAAGAAAACAUUUCAUUCAAAUGAAUUGUCAUUCAUUGAGCAGAGACAAAAAUACCAAAAAUAUAGCAAGAAACACAAAAACACAGCAGAAGACAUCUCUGGUGAAGAGAAUUUCUCACCUCCAUGGAGGCUCAUCUCUAGUGUGCUUGGUGCCGUGUGCCUUCUCCUGAUGGCUGUAGUCACAGCGGUGACCAUUUUCAGUACAAACUUAUCUUCUGAAAGAACACGUCCCAUGAUCCAGCAAAAAGGAUCUCAUCAUCCCUGCCCAGAGAACUGGGUCUGGUUCAGAUGCAGCUGUUACUACUUCUCCAAGGAAACCCUAAGUUGGAGGGAGAGUCAGCAUGCCUGCUUGUCCCUCAAUUCCAGUCUCAUAAGGAUAAACAGGGAGGAGAUGGAUUUUUUUAGUUUGAAGAGUUUCUUUUGGGUUGGCGUUUACUAUAACGGAACCAGCAGACAGUGGCUGUGGGAAAACCAUUUGGUUCCGCCCUCUGAGUUGUUUGGUGAUCUUGAAACCAAUAUGCAACACUAUUGUGCAUCUUUUCAAUUAAAAGGAGCCUUUAUGGCUGAAAACUGUAAUACUAAACUGCCAUAUAUUUGUAAGAAGAUCUAAUCCAAUGUGGUCACAGAAGAUGCGAAAAUGAAACAUCUCAAACUUUUUUCUUGGAUGCUUAUUUUCUGAAGAAAACAUUGAAAAUGUUUGCCUCUGCCUAAAUAAAAUUAUAUUCAAAUA